UUCAUGAUCUUUAUUGUCUUGAAUUCUCUCCUAGACUGAAAUAAAAUUCAGGUUGCUAGUAGAACUUUAAAGAUAACCAAUGUUUUUUUCACUAUUCACAUUCAGUCUCUUCCGUUGCUAGAAUUACCACCUUGAGAAUACGCUAUCCCUGUCUCGAGAUGGGCACAAAUUACGUACUUAACUUCAAGUGGAGUUUUUUCUCUAUGAGCAGAGCACACAUGCUAUUAGUAUAUUGUGUAGUUGCUAAAGCUAAAGUUUCUUACGCGAUCAAUAAAGGAUCUUAUUGCCUUGUGAUCUCUCCCAGAUCAGACCAAUCAUACUGCCCACGAUAUAAAAAAAUCAUGUGAGACUUGGUCUUUUUCACUACCGAAUUAGAACCCUCUUAAGAGAUGACAAACGGCAUUACUAAUCUCAAAGUACCUAUCCCUUAUAAGCUUAUUAAGUCUUAACCCAUCGUCUUGCACUCACCUGCCCCCAACCACCUCCCCCCCGGAGAGUCAACACGCGCUCAUCCAGUUGCGAUCUAGAUCUGCACAACCACAUAGCAUUUCUCCUCUGCAUAGCUCUUGUGUUUCGCUGUGUUUGUGAAGUGUGUUCUCUUGAGCUGGGAGCUGGACGCAUUUUUCUGUUAGCACACACACAUGGUAGGUCGUCGCUCAAGGUAAAGUUUCACCCAUGAUGAUCCUAUUGGGUUGAGAUCUCUCCCGGACUAAUCAUACUGCCCACGAGAUGAAAACCUAGGCCACCACUCUCUAUGUUAAACGACAUAGGCGUCCAAGUGCCUUUAGAAGAAAACCAAUGUUUUUUCCUGCUCAUAUUCAGUCUCUUCGUUGCUAGAAUUAUCACUAAUAAUAAUACCUUUAAAAUAUGUUCUGUUCGUAUCGAUAUGGGCACAAGUUAUACCGAGUUAUGAGCAAGUGAAGUCAUUGGGUGCAUUUUUUUCAGACAAAAGACAUCUAUUAUACUACUCCCUCCAUCCCAAAAUAAGUGUCUUUGAUUUAGUACAGCUUUGUACUAAAAUUGCACUAAAUCAAAGACACUUAUUUUGAGACUGAGGGAGUAGUACUUAACUUCAAGUGGAGUCAUUGGGUGCAUUUUUCUGUGAGCACAGAUGUUAUUAUAUGGUUAGUCGCUAAAGUUAAAGUUUCUCAGAGGAUGAAUGAUGGAUCUUGUUUCCUUGAGAUCCCUCCCAGUCCAAUCAUACUGCUCAUGAGAUAAAAAUCAUAUAAGAGUUUGUCUUUUUCACUAUCAAACCAAAUCGCUCUUAAAAUAUGACAAACGGCAAUACCAAUCUCAAAUUAGCUACCUCUUAACCUCUUGUUAAUCCUUAACCCAUCGUAUUCCACUCACCAGCCCCAACCACCUCCCCCGGAGAGUCAACACGCGCUCAUCCAGUUGCCUGGAAUCUAGAUCCGCACAACCCCAGACCAUCUUUCUUCUGCAUAGCCCUUGUGUUUCCCUGUGUUUGUGCAGUGUGUUCUUGUGAGCUGGGAGCUGUUAGAGCAACAAUGGCGGAGUAUGUAGUCAGGCCACUGGUAUCCAUGUUGACAAACAAGGCGUCCAGCUACCUGCUGGACCAGUACAAAGUGAUGAAUGGCAUGGAGGAGGAGCGUGAGACCCUGAAGCGCAAGCUUCUGGCGAUCUUGGAUGUCAUCCAAGAUGCGGAGGAGAAAGGAGCUUCCCGACCUGGAGUGAGUGCUUGGCUCGAAGCACUCAAGAAGGCAGCCUAUGAGGCGAACGAUGUCUUCGACGAGUUCAAGUACGAGGCGCUCAGGCGUGAGGCCAAGAAUAAGGGACACUACAAGAAGCUUGGCUUUGACAUCGUAAGCCUCUUCCCUGCUCACAACCCCAUUGUAUUUCGUUACAGGAUGGGCAAGAAAUUGUGCAGGAUUGUGCGCAAAAUUGAGAACCUUGUCAGAGAGAUGAAUGACUUUGGAUUCAACCAAACUCAGCAAGCACCACCAUCCAAGCAGUGGCGCAACACAGAUUCCAUAAUAAUGGACUCUGAGAAGGAUAUUGUCAGCAGGUCCAGAAACGAAGAGAAGAAGAAGAUCGUGGAUAUAUUGAUUGAUCAAGCUGGCAACAGGGAUCUCAUGGUCCUUCCCAUUGUUGGAAUGGGCGGGCUGGGCAAGACCACCUUUGCUCAGCUUGUCUACAAUGACCCUGUAACCAAGGAGCAUUUCCAGCUACAGAGGUGGUGUUGUGUGUCAGAUGAUUUUGAUCUUGUGAAGAUUGCAAACAACAUCUGUGAGACCAAUGAGAUCCAUCGUGAAAAGGCAUUGCGGAACCUUCAAAAUGAAGUAAGUGGAAAGAGAUACCUUAUUGUGUUGGAUGAUGUAUGGAAUGAAGUUGCUGAUAAGUGGGAAAAACUCAAGACCUGCCUGAAGCACGGUGCCAAGGGUAGUGCAAUAUUGACGACCACUCGGAAUGUGCAAGUAGCACAAAUUAUGAAGAUGUGUAUUGAUGAUAGCCAUAAUCUCGGAAAUCUAGAUAAAGUAUUUCUUAAUGAAAUAUUUGAGAAUAGAGCAUUCUGUUUGCAGAAGCCAAAGGCUGCUGAGCUAAGCGGUGUGGUUGAUAAGAUUAUGGACAGAUGUGGAGGCUCACCUUUAGCUGCCAAAGCCUUUGGAUCUAUGUUGAGUAACAAGACUAGCAUGAAAGAAUGGACAGACAUACUAGCCAGAAGCAACACUUGCAAUGAGGGCACAGAAACUUUUCUUGUACUCAAGCUCAGCUAUGAUGACUUGCCAUCACACUUGAAACAAUGCUUUGCCUUUUGUGCUGUAUUUCCCAAAGAUUAUGAGAUUGAUGUUGAAACAUUAAUUCAGCUAUGGAUGGCACAUGAUUUCAUACCACUGAAAGAAGGUGACAAUCUUGAGAAGGUAGGUAGAGAAAUUUUUGAUGAGUUAACUUGGAGGUCAUUCUUUCAAGAUGUCAAGCGAAUCCCUCGAAGAGAAUGGCGGGGGGAGCUCCGUCCUAGAACAAUAUGCAAGAUACAUGAUCUUAUGCAUGACAUUGCCUUGUCUGUUAUGGGAAAAGAUUGUCUUACUAUAGUUGAUAGGCCUAAUGAAAAGGAGUUACUGUCCACUGGUCCUACACGUUACUUAUUCUCAUCAUAUGCGUAUAUCAGAACUCUGUUGGAUGAUUAUUUGAAGAAACACUCUCCUGCUCUCCAGACACUGCUGUAUCCAUAUGUCUACACCAGUGGCUCAGCACCACACUUGUCGAAGUACAAUUAUCUGCGAGCACUGCAACUCUUCAGAUUGAGAAAACUUCCACUCCAACCAAGGCACUUACAGCACCUGAGGUAUCUUGAUCUCUCAAAUAACAUGUUGAUCGAAGAGCUUCCCAAGGAAAUAAGCAUACUGUAUAAUCUACAGACUCUUAAGCUUUGUAAAUGCAUAAGUCUUGGUCGACUUCCAGAGGAUAUGAAGUAUAUGGAAAAUCUCCGUCACCUCUAUACAAAUGGAUGCUCAUCAUUGAAGUGCAUGCCUCCAGGCCUCGGGCAACUCACUUCUCUACAGACUCUAACAUAUUUUGUGGUGAGCUCUAGUCCUGGUUGCAGUACUAUUAGAGAACUACAGGACUUAAAUCUUGGUGGUGAUUUAGAGCUAUCUCAUCUUCAGUUUGCAACUGAAGUAGAUGCUAAAGCAUGCAGCCUUGGAAAUAAAGAGAAACUUACACAUUUAUCUCUUAAAUGGGGUGAUGACAGCAGUGAUGAAUUGGGCCACCACAGGAAUGUGCUUGAUGCUCUUAAACCUCAUGCUGCCCUGGAGUUUCUAAGAAUACGCUCCUAUAGAGGUACUGGCUUCCCGGCAUGGGUGGUAAGUAUUAAUUUUCUGCAGCAUUUGACCGAGCUCCAGCUAGAUGGUUGUACAAUGUGUGAGGAAUUUCCCCAAUUUGGUCAAUUUAAGUCCCUUGAAGUUCUUGUUUUGAAAAGGUUGAACAAACUUCAAAGCCUAUGCAAUCACAGUUCAUCUGCAAUAUUUCCAGCAUUAAAAGAUCUCAGAUUAAAAAAAUUGGAGAUUUUUGAGAGAUGGGUGGCAACAGAAGGAGAAGAGUUAGCAUUUCCUCAACUUGAGAAUGUUAAAAUUAAGGACUGCCCAAAGCUAGCAAUUCUGCCUGAAGCACCAAAACUCAAGUUUAUAACUCUAAGAGAAGAAAAGGCACAGCUAUCCUUAUCAAUAUUUAAGUCCAGGUAUAUGUCUUGCUUGUCUGGGGUUGGCCUGUCCGUCAGUGAUGAUACAGAAGCAGCACCAGUAACAGAGCUUGAUCAGGAUUGUGAAGUAUCUCUUUGGAACCUGCGGUUGGAUGGUUGCAACUUUUUGUUCUGCUCAACUCCGUUGCAGCCAACUGUUGGGGUCUGGAAAUGGUUUGGUCAGCUUGUGCAUUUGACUAUCGAAUCUUGUGAUAUGCUCAUCUACUGGCCUGAAGAAGAGUUCCGUUGCUUGGUAUCAUUGAAUAGUUUAUCCAUUAAUUCCUGCAGCAAGCUAGUAGGACACACCCAGGGGAAAGGAUGCCGUACCCGUACUCAAGUAAGGGAUCAACUCCUGCCAAAUCUAAAAGAACUAGCAAUAUAUCAUUGUGGAAGUUUGACAGAGCUUUUCGUUCUGCCGCCAUCUCUCACAAGUAUUGAUAUGCUGGAUUGCAACAGUCUUGAGUCCAUACUGGGGCAGGAUGAUACAGAGCUGGAGAGUAUACCACACUUUGAUACCGCAUCAUCAUCGGAACACUUCAAUGACCUCACGUCCACAUGUUUGCUAGAGCAGUCACUUUCACCCAGAAUUAAUCCUUUGCCAUGUCUUAAUUAUUUGGGUAUAACUAGCUGUAAUAAGCUUCGUUUCGUGCCAGCGCAGUUAGAUGCACUCUAUUUUUUGGAUAUUGCUAAUUGCAAUGGGCUGGAGUCGCUGGAUUGUUUGGGAGACCUACCGUUACUGGAAUAUCUAUACCUUAAUAGAUGCAAACAUCUGGCAUCUGUACCAGGAAGUCUUGGGAGUUACUCGGCCCUUCAGAAGCUCCGCAUUGAAUACUGCCCAGCUUUAAAUAUGAAGCCACUUCAUGGACAUCUCCAACAGCGGCUUGAUAGCCUUGAAUUGAAGGAUCUAUCUAAGGCUGGUUCAAGCCAUCCUAAUGAAGGGCCUAAACUAUGGGAACCAAAAUCCUGGAAAUAUAUGAUUCCUUCACUGCGCAAGCGUGAGUCUGAAUAGAGAUACAACUACCAUGGUCGCUCGUGCGCAUACAAGUGAUGAACACAAUUGGUAACUGCCCUCUUCAAGGGAGUCAAGUUCUUUUAUUUGCCUGCUCCGUGAGCUCUGAUGAAAAUAAGGCGCUCAAAGGCCUGAAGCAUGGGGGAAAAUGAACUUCAACUUGCAGAACUGGAGAGAGAAGGUCGUGCUGAAUCGUGUUUACUUUGUGCAGAACAAACAAGCAUGUCCUUGGGCAAAUCGUGCGUGACUAUAAGUGCACUUGCAGUCGUGUGCUGGCGAUCGAGCCUUUUGUUUUCCAUGUGUACUUACAGUUCACCGUAGUAAUAUGGUGUGCUAUUUCACAUCUUUUACAUAAUCUUUAGAGCAGAGCACGAUCUGGUUAAUUCAGACAGCUGAUUAAUGCAGGCAGACAUCUGGUUAGUUCAGAGUUAGAGACAGCUGCUUAGUUGUCCGUGUGUUUAUGGCUGCUUCAGAGAGCUGAUUGUGUGCGUGCACGACGUGCUAGUAUCUGCUUGCCAAUUCGCCAUGUACACAAAAGUCUGCAACCAAACUUGGAAGAUCUCAAAUUACCAGUGCCUUUCAGGAUGAA